AUGCUCAGUGAAGCCAGCCCCCGGAAGGCCACUUGGGGACAGAAGCUCACACCUGUUCAUUCCAGAGCUGUUCCACUCCACAAUAUGCCUACACAGCUGGAGAAUGCUAUGGACACCUUGAUCAAGAUUUUUCACCAUUAUUCAGGCAAAGAAGGGGACAAAUACAAACUGAAUAAAGGAGAACUCAAACAGCUCCUUACCAGUGAACUCACUGACUUCCUUUCAUGCCAAAAGGAUCCCCAGCUGGUUGAUAAGAUCAUGAAAGAUCUGGAUACCAAUAAAGACAAUGAAGUGGAUUUUAAUGAAUUUGUCAUUCUGGUUGCUGCUUUGACUGUAGCAUGCAAUGACUUCUUUGAGGAACAGCUAAAGCAAAAGGAAAUUGGAAAUGAUAAGUAA